AUGUCUGACACUGUUGUGAGGGUCAGACAUGAUGAUAAUAACAUGAAUGUCUUGACUAAUGAUGAAAACAUAGGUGAAGCAGUUGGCAAGGUUGCUGGUGUGGAUGUGAGCAGUGAUGGUGAUGCUUAUGAUGAUGAUGUGAUGGUGGAUGCCUCCAUGUUAUCUUCUAUUGCUGCUCUCUCUGUCUCUGUUUGUGUUUCUAUCUCCUCUGCUGUCUCUGCCUUCUCUGCUGUCUCUGCCUCUUCCACUGUCUGUGCUUCUUCUGCUGCUCUCAAUUCUACCUCUCCUGUCCAUAUCAAUCCCCCUCUCUUCUCUCAUACUGAUUCCUCACUUUCAUCCACCCUCUUAGAGGCAUUGUGUAUCUUCAGUGGCUCUCUUCUUUAUCCCUCAUACCUCUCUUCUGCACCCACUGCUUUCAAAAAAAUGCAUUUUCAUACACAAGUUUUGUAUGAUAUGAUUCAUUUCACUAGCUAUUCAUCAGUCACAUCUCUUGCUUGA